UUAUCACAGUAUUUGGAGAAUUGUGCUGCAUAGUAAUGGCAGUUAGAUUUUUGUUGUGUUAGAUCUAAUGAUUAACCAAGAGGCACUAGUUGUGGAUGUCAGCUCAGUUCAUAUACUGAUUGACAUCUUUUGUAGAUUUGUCAGAGGGUAGCAGAGGGUGGGCUUACUGGUAGUUGGGAGCUCCAACGUCAGGUGCGUAAUGGGGCCCCUUAGGGAAAUGGCAGCAAGAGAGGGGAAGAAAACCAAUGUUUACUCCGUGUGCAUACCGGGGGGAGUCAUUCCAGAUGUGGAAAGGGUCCUUCCGGAUGCCAUGAAGGGUACAUGGUGCACCCAUCUGCAGGUGGUCGCUCAUGUCGGCACCAAUGAUGUGUGUCGCUAUGGAUCGGAGGAAAUCCUCUCUGGCGUCCGGCGGCUAUCUGAUUUGGUGAAGACUGCCAGUCUCGCUAGCGGGAUGAAAGCAGAGCUCACCAUUUGCAGCAUCGUCGACAGGACUGACUGCGGACCUUUGGUACAGAGCCGAGUGGAGGGUCUGAAUCAGAGGCUGAGACCGUUCUGCGACCGUGUGGGCUGCAGAUUCCUCGACUUGCGCCAUAGGGUGGUGGGGUUUCGGGUUCCGCUGGAUAGGUCAGGAGUCCACUACACGCAACAGGCGGCUACACGGGUAGCAGGGGUUGUGGCGUGGGCUGGACGGUUUUUUAGGUUAGAUGGCCUUGGGCAAGUACUGAAAGGGCAACAGCCUCAACGGGUGCGGGGCAAAGUCAGGACAUGUGGGGACCAAGCAGCAAUCGGUAUUGUAAUUGUCAGCUGUGGAAGCUGCGUUGGUAAAGUACCAGAACUUCAAGCGCUGAUAGAAAGCACCGAAGCUGUAAUCGUUAUAGGUACAGAAAGCUGGCUUAAGCCAGAGAUAAAUUCUGCCGAAAUUUUUACAAAGGUACAGACGGUGUUUAGAAAGGAUAGAUUGCAUGCAACCGGUGGUGGAGUGUUCGUCGCUGUUAGUAGUAGUUUAUCCUGUAGUGAAGUAGAAGUGGAUAGUUCCUGUGAAUUAUUAUGGGUGGAGGUUACACUCAACAACCGAGCUAGGUUAAUAAUUGGUUCCUUUUACCGACCUCCCGAGUCAGCAGCAUUAGUGGCAGAACAACUGAGAGAAAAUUUGGAAUACAUUUCACAUAAAUUUUCUCAGCAUGUUAUAGCCUUAGGUGGAGAUUUCAAUUUACCAGAUAUAGACUGGGACACUCAGAUGUUUAGGACGGGUGGUAGGGACAGAGCAUCGAGUGACAUUAUACUGAGUGCACUAUCCGAAAAUUACCUCGAGCAAUUAAACAGAGAACCGACUCGUGGGGAUAACAUCUUGGACCUACUGAUAACAAACAGACCUGAACUUUUCGACUCUUUAAGUGCAGAACAGGGAAUCAGUGAUCAUAAGGCCGUUGCAGCAUCCCUGAAUAUGGAAGUUAAUAGGAAUAUAAAAAAAAGGGAGGAAGGUUUAUCUGUUUAGCAAGAGUAAUAGAAGGCAGAUUUCAGACUACCUAACAGAUCAAAACGAAAAUUUCUGUUCCGACACUGACAAUGUUGAGUGUUUAUGGAAAAAGUUCAAGGCAAUCGUAAAAUGCGUUUUAGACAGGUACGUGCCGAGUAAAACUGUGAGGGAUGGGAAAAACCCACCGUGGUACAACAACAAAGUUAGCAAACUACUGCAAAAGCAAAGAGAGCUUCACUCCAAGUUGAAACGCAGCCAAAACCUCUCAGACAAACAGAAGCUAAACGAUGUCAAUGUUAGCGUAAGGAGGGCUAUGCGUGAAGAAAAUCCUAGGAAGUUCUGGUCUUACGUUAAAUCAGUAAGUGGCUCGAAACAGCAUAUCCAGACACUCCGGGAUGAAGAUGGCAUUGAAACAGAGGAUGACACGUGUAAAGCUGAAAUACUAAACACCUUUUUCCAAUGCUGUUUCACAGAGGAAGACCGCACUGCAGUUCCUUCUCUAAAUCCUCGCACAAACAAAAAAAUGGCUGACAUCGAAAUAAGUGUCCAAGGAAUAGAAAAGCAACUGGAAUCACUCAAUAGAGGAAAGUCCACUGGACCUGACGGGAUACCAAUUCGAUUCUACACAGAGUACGCGAAAGAACUUGCCCCCCUUCUAACAGCCGUGUACCGCAAGUCUCUACAGGAACGGAAGGUUCCAAAUGAUAGAAAAGAGCACAGGUAGUCCCAGUCUUCAAGAAGGGUCGUCGAGCAGAUGCGCAAAUCUAUAGACCUAUAUCUCUGACGUCGAUCUGUUGUAGAAUUUUAGAACAUGUUUUUUGCUCGCGUAUCAUGUCGUUUUUGGAAACCCAGAAUCUACUAUGUAGGAAUCAACAUGGAUUCCGGAAACAACGAUCGUGUGAGACCCAACUCGCUUUAUUUGUUCAUGAGACCCAGAAAAUAUUAGAUACAGGCUCCCAGGUAGAUGCUAUUUUUCUUGACUUCCGGAAGGCGUUCGAUACAGUUCUUCACUGUCGCCUGAUAAACAAAGUAAGAGCCUACGGAAUAUCAGACCAGCUGUGUGGCUGGAUUGAAGAGUUUUUAGCAAACAGAACACAGCAUGUUGUUAUCAAUGGAGAGACGUCUACAGACGUUAAAGUAACCUCUGGCGUGCCACGGGGGAGUGUUAUGGGACCAUUGCUUUUCACAAUAUUUAUAAAUGACCUAGUAGAUAGUGUCGGAAGUUCCAUGCGGCUUUUCGCGGAUGAUGCUGUUGUAUACAGAGAAGUUGCAGCAUUAGAAAAUUGUAGCGAAAUGCAGGAAGAUCUGCAGCGGAUAGGCACUUGGUGCAGGGAGUGGCAACUGUCCCUUAACAUAGACAAAUGUAAUGUAUUGCGAAUACAUAGAAAGAAGGAUCCUUUAUUGUAUGAUUAUAUGAUAGCGGAACAAACACUGGUAGCAGUUACUUCUGUAAAAUAUCUGGGAGUAUGCGUGCAGAACGAUUUGAAGUGGAAUGAUCAUAUAAAAUUAAUUGUUGGUAAGGCGGGUACCAGAUUGAGAUUCAUUGGGAGAGUGCUUAGAAAAUGUAGUCCAUCAACAAAGUAGGUGGCUUACAAAACACUCGUUCGGCCUAUACUUGAGUAUUGCUCAUCAGUGUGGGAUCCGUACCAGAUCGGUUUGACGGAGGAGAUAGAGAAGAUCCAAAGAAGAGCGGCGCGUUUCGUCACAGGGUUAUUUGGUAACCGUGAUAGCGUUACGGAGAUGUUUAAUAAACUCAAGUGGCAGACUCUGCAAGAGAGGCGCUCUGCAUCACGGUAUAGAUUGCUCGCCAGGUUUCGAGAGGGUGCGUUUCUGGAUGAGGUAUCGAAUAUAUUGCUUCCACCUACUUAUACCUCCCGAGGAGAUCACGAAUGUAAAAUUAGAGAGAUUAGAGCGUCCACGGAGGCUUUCAGACAGUCGUUCUUCCCGCGAACCAUACGCGACUGGAACAGGAAAGGGAGGUAAUGACAGUGGCACGUAAAGUGCCCUCCGCCAUACACCGUUGGGUGGCUUGCGGAGUAUAAAUGUAAAUAUAAAUGUAAACUCAAAGGUGUAACCCAUCAGUGAUACAACAGCAGUUGUCGUUGCGAUCGAAUUUUAAGUGUUUGUGUGUGUGUGUGUGUGUGUGUGUGUGUGUGUGUGUGUGUGUGUGUGUGUCAGGUGAUAAGGCUGAAUGUAUUUUGAGUUGAGAAUUUUGAAAGUCCUAGGUAUGGCAAAUAAUGUGUGUUUGCAUUACUUCUUGGAUUUUUGCUGUGUAAUUUUCGUGGAUUUUUGGUUGAUUUAAGGAUCAGUACGUGAUGGAAUGGCGGGUGUGAAGGUUUCUUCUGUUUUCUUUGUGUAGGCAAGUUCUUUAAUACGCAUUGUUAAUGUGUUUGCUGCUACUCGUGUGAUAACUAAAACUAGCAGAUAUUUUCUCGUGAGUGAGUCUGUGUUGUGACAAUAAUGGUAACAACUGUCUAACAACAGGUGGAAAGUGAAUCUCUACUGUGGAAAUGUGAAGAAGACGUUUGAUGUUGCUCCUUGAUGGUAGAAGUGUGAAUGGACAUUUGAAGAAAUACAAAAGUGAUGCUGUACUGAAGGCAUUGAAACAUCAGACCAGUUAGAAGAAGAACACAAGUAACUUUGCACCGGUGUUAGAGGCACAAGUGGAAGAACAGUAUGAAUACAGGUUGCCUCCUGAUGCAUGAAACAUCUCACACAGGGACAGUGGUUGUUUUCUUGAUGCAGGCUAUUUGUGUUAGUUUUGCUUGUGUAUUGAUAUCCUCUUCCAGAGAAAGACAUACAAUGCUUUGUUUGAGAACACACAUUAUUGGACAGAGAUUUGAAAGAAGUUAUGUCAUGAAUGCUUGGAAAUGAGUUUUGAACAAGAGAGAUAUAUCCUGUUGAGUUUUGGAGAUUUCAUUUGGCAAGUGUUAGUGGAAUGGCAAUGAGAUUAAGUAGCUGGUAAUCCCAAGCUCUUGAAUGUCAUGACAUUGUCUGCGAGCUGGCACUAGGAAUUUGUAUGACAUUAGCUGACAGACUACAGUGCUGCUGCACAGAAGGUUAGUGAGUAUGUACUUUUUGAGUGAGCAGACUAAACUGGUGGCCAUGUGAGAAGAUUUUCUCAGUAUGCUACUAACGUAAUGGGUCUUACAUGUUCAUUGCAGCUAUUUUCAGUGUAUAUCGAUAUAGACAAAUGAACGCAAUCCCAUAAUUGAAUGUGAAAACCCCAUGUGGCACUAGAGCGAGACUUGAAAUGGAAGUUUUCUAGAAGACGUCUGUCUGAAUAUAUUCAAUUGAUACUACAAUUACUGUGCAUUGGAAUUGUAUAGAAGGUUGACUCACAAAUUAAAAUGUGUUGGGAAGCUACCUAUCUACUGGCGUCAGCUCCCAUUGGAAGUAAAGGAUGAUCGAUGCUAGUGAAUAUUAACGAUUUCACCGAUAGCGGAUUAAGACAGUGAGGUUUUCAUGCAGUGAUGCGUUGGAGAAAUUUGAGAGAGCAGAGCUAAGAGUUUUUGAAGCUUGUUGGGAAGUCAUAUUUCAUAGUUUGGUGCUUUUCUUGAGCCGGGUCCAUUUACAAUUUUUUAUGCGGUGAAGAAGCAAAGCAGUGCGUUAUCAUUAGUAUAUGCUGAAGACAAACUUGCAGUGGAGAAUAGUUGCUGCACAUUGAAGUACCAAAAGGAAAUGUUGAUGAGGAGAGGGUGAUCACCACUGCUGUGCAGGACGUUCAAGAUCUCCAUACUUGGAUUGUGGAAGUCAUUGGCACCUUUCCUCCAGACACAUUGCAGAGAAUCUGGAUGGAAAUUGAAAACAGACUCGACAUCCUUCGUGUCAGUGCAGGGGCUCAAAUGGGAGUGUUUUGAUUUGUUGUUGUAAUUUUUUUCCCCAAAACUUAUUUUCACAUACAACUUAUUUUUGUGAAAAACGAAGUUAUUUCAUUUAGUUUUGUAUAUGGAACACAUUUACAGUAGGGAAUUUUGGUGUAGACACCCUGCACAGUGUAACUUAAUCUUGAAUUACUGUAUGGCAUUUUAAGUGCAUAUUUACAUAGAUAACUCCGUAAGGAAUUGGCACUGCGUCUUCCUUCUGCAUUGUAUAAGUUUUGUUGUUUUUGUUUCAAUUAACUGUUUCUGUUGCAUAUGCACAAAUGUUUAUUAUUAUUUGUUAAUGGUCGUGAAAGUAAAUAUAUGUCUCAAGUCAGUUUUACCUUAGUUAUUCUUACUGCUAUAGAUAUUUAAAGAGUUACAUCACUUUUUGUUCGUCAGAUUGUCUUAAAGCAAAUUUCUAAUUCAUUUUUGUACAGAAUGAGUGUUUGACUACCCUACUAUAUUGAUAUUUUUAUAUACUGACAGUAUAAAACAUUUGAACUCACAUAAUGUAACAAUCAGUGCAAGACAAGGACGUAUCUCAUGUAAUUCCUUCAACAUUCAUAGGUAAUUAUUGUACCAUAGUACAUUACAUAAAUAUACAAGUGAUCACAUCUGUUUGAGGGGAGACAGGGUUGUCGUUGCCCAGCGUAUUGAAAUAUUUUCUGCUCUUAUUUGUGAAACGAACAUUACCAAGUGACUUACAACUUGCUGCUUUCAUGAGACACUGCAUGCAUCAUUUCUUACAUCGCUUGGUUCUCACUCUCUCAUUAAGAAGUUACUGUUACUAUAUUGUCCAUGGUAAUUAUUAUUCACACAUACUUCAUUAUUUCAUUUUGCAUUCAUCUUCACAUGGGAUAGUUGAUGCUCUGUUGUGUACAUAGUUCCGCAUAGUCAGCGCAUACACAACUUUCCCAAUAGAGCGCACCUCGCUGAGCACAACAGCGCAGGCGCAGCACUCGUCUGUCUCCGCACUGCGAGAUGGCGCUGUCUUAGAGACGGACCAAAUUCUGCUUCCGCCGAUCCGUGUAUUAAUAUGUAACACAGCCAAUGAGAUUGCUGCUAACGUAGAACCUUUUCUCCUCACGGAUCACACUCACACAGUGAUACCUGAACGCUCGAGGUAUUAUAACGAGUGUACAGACCUCCGAUUAGUCAGUCUGCAUUAGUCUGUGCCUAAUAAGAUUAUCAUAUUCCUGUACAUAACCAUGAAGAGAAAUGUAUAGACACUUUGUCAAGUAUCAGAGAUAUGUGAGAAUAAGAUUAACGUACCAAGACCAAAGGAACUUCAGAUUGUCAAUUGUAAAUAGCAUCCAGAAUCAAGUUACGUAAUAUCUAUGAUUUUUAUUAUUUUAAUAAAUGUGUGUGAAAAUUAA